CAUCUUAACAAACAAGACUCAUUUUUCUAACAUUCAGACACCUUUAAUUACACAUCAUAAUCAUACUAUAUAUUCAGACAUUGAUCAAGUACAGAUUAUAACAACAGAGUAAGCCCACCACAAAUCCGCAAAAAAAAAAAAUGUCUUCAACUACAGAGUCCAAGAUUGAAACCACCAAGGCAAUCAUCUCCACCAUCGGAACAAUAGCUGCCACGGCUAUGGUGGCACGUAGCAUAGCCCGAGACUAUGUCCCCCCUGAAGUUCAAGAGUACUUUUAUCUCGGCCUCCAGAGGUUUUUCAGACGCUUCUCCAAUCAACUCACGAUGGUGAUCAACGAGUAUGAGGGCAUCGAAAGCAAUGAAAUCUACGAUGCUGCAGUGAUCUACCUAGGAUCCAAACUCUCCCCCAGCACACGCAGGCUAAAAGUUAAUAAACCAGAGCACGAAAGCAGCAUCUCUCUCGCGAUGGAGCGUAAUGAAGAGGUGGUGGAUAAAUUCAAUGACGUUAAAUUCACGUGGACUUGGAUUUGCGAAAAAUUACAACAAGCCGAUUCAUACUACAAUCGUAACCAAAUGAGGUCAUCUAGAUCAGAAGUCCGAUAUUUCGAGCUAAGUUUUCAUUUUAAGCACAAGGAACUAGUUGUUAAUUCUUACUUGCCAUUCGUGUUAAAAAAGGCCGAAGAACAAAAACAAGAGACGAAAACUUUAAAGAUUUUUACUAUUGAUUCGGAGGACAGCUAUUCAUUAGCUGAUUCCUGGCAAUCAGUUGGGCUUGAUCAUCCAGCGACUUUCGAGACGCUUGCAAUGGAAGAAAAAUUGAAGGAGACUGUGAUGAAAGAUUUGGAGAUGUUUGUGCAGAGGAGAGAAAAGUAUAGAAAAAUUGGGAAGGCGUGGAAAAGAGGGUACUUGUUGUAUGGACCUCCCGGGACUGGGAAAUCUAGCUUAAUUGCCGCGAUGGCUAAUUAUUUGAAAUUUGAUAUUUAUGAUUUGGAGUUGACGGAUUUGAAGCGUAAUUCAGAGCUCAGGAAGCUGUUGAUUGCUACCGCGAAUAGGUCCAUUUUGGUUGUGGAGGAUAUUGAUUGCAACAUUGAGUUGCAAGAGCGGGUGAGUCCAGCUAAAGAAAAGAAGCCUGCAGACGAAGAAUCUCACCGCGAAGAAGCAAGCAAGGUGACACUAUCAGGUUUUCUGAAUUUUAUAGAUGGAUUAUGGUCGAGUUGUGGAGACGAAAGGAUCAUAAUAUUUACGACGAAUCACAAGGAGAAGCUAGACCCGGCAUUGUUACGUCCUGGUAGAAUGGACAUGCACAUUCACAUGUCGUAUUGCACUCCAUGCGGUUUCAGGCUUCUGGCCAGCAAUUACUUGGGAGUUAAGGAUCAUAAACUCUUCGAAGAGAUCGAGGAGUUAAUUCGGACCAUAGAGGUGACUCCAGCUGAAGUAGCUGAACAGCUGCUAAAGAGCGAUGAACCUGAUGUCUCACUUGCUGGCCUGAUCAGUUUUCUUCAUGCAAAGAGAAAGGAAAAUGAAGAGGCCAAGGCCAAGAAAGAAACAGAGGUGGCUGCAUCAGUUGCAGAGGCAGAGGCAGUGGGAGAUGGUGAAAAGAGCGAUCAGAGUCAAGAAUCUGACAAAAAUCAGAAAUAACAAGCUGUUUUCUAAUUGUUCAUUGAGUAUUAUAUUACCCGACACUUUAUUUUGAUUCGAAUAUCUGUGUCGGACAAAAUUUAGAAUAAAAACAUGUAAUUCUCAAAAUCUGUGUAAUUUAAAUUGAGCCACAGUUGUUCAAAUAUGUAACCAAACCAAAAAAUAUAACCGGAUCAACAUACAUGAUUCUUGA